AUGGCGGCAGAGGCGGCGGUGUGCAGGUCGGUGUGGGACGGUGCGAUCCCCGUGCGCGUGGUGCUAGACAGCAAGGAAGUCGCCGUGUCGUGCCCGCCCGACGCGCUCUAUCUCAUGGUGCGACGCAUGUCGUUCCUGCCGCUACUCGUGCCCGCCCUCGCAGCGCACUUCCACCCCUUCCUGCCGCCCGGCCACGACACCGUGUGGCUCGACUUCAACGGCCUACCCCUUAAAUGGAACAUCUGGAGUGGAGUGCUCUAUGACCUGCUGUGCCCCGAGCAACAGCUGCCCUGGAACCUCACGGUGCACUUCCGCUCGUACCCAUCAGACGUGCUGCUGCCAUUGGAUCACCCUGACACGCUUCCUCACACCUACAUGCACGCGCUCAAGCAGGCAGUGAGUGUGCUACAGGGCAGUGUCAAGGCCAUAAUGCAGCUAUCCCAGGCCGACCAAUCGCACCUCUGGGCUGCCGUUGCCUCAGGCAAUCUGGAGUCAUUCCAGCGACUGCUAUCGCUCCUCAACAUCUCUCUCUUCCUCCCACCGCUCUCCAUCUCCUCCUCCCCCUCGCUGCGCUCGCUUGCCCUCCACCACUCCACGCACCCGCUCAGUGCGUCGCAAGCCCCCAGUCAAGCGUCCACCUCGCCACCUCUCCCACCUGUCCCCGUGCGCCUGCUCCUGCGCCGGGGAGUGCAACCCUCCACACCCCCCUCCACCGCUGCUCCGAUCCACCACCACCGCCACAGCACAGCAGGCGCCGCCAGAGAAGCAGGCGCACCAGCGGGAGGGGGGGGGUUGGUGGCGGAGGUGGGGGAGGUGAGGAGCUGGCGCGAUGUGGAGAUGGCCAUGCGCGUGCUGCCAGGGGGGGGCGCGGAGCAUGCAGGCGGGCAGGCAGGCAGUGCAGUGGAAG